AUGGCGCUAGCUUACGAGCCAGAGAGGGAUUUCUAUAAACUCCUUGGUUUGAGUGGCCCGUCUGGCAUCACAGAGUCGGAGGUCAGGCAGGCCUACCUUAAAUGCGCCCGAAAAGCUCAUCCCGAUCGCGACAGGUCGAAUCACUCAGCGACCGAGAACUUCCAAGACAUCCAACAGGCAUACGAGACCCUCAGAGAUGACACCAAGCGAGCCAAGUACAAUCGAUUAAGAACGGAGGGCAUAGUGCGGGAAGAGGCUAGGAAACGAGAGGAGGCUCGAAAAAGAGACAAUGAAGAACAAGGAAGGAAUCGGAGGCGUACCCCGACCGCGAGCCAGCAGUUUGGGCCGGAGAAGUACUUUGCCCAUGGCCAGCGUGCGCCCAAACCCAAUACCUCUCAAAGGCAGCCGCCGCCGGGAGUUUAUUCUGGGUGGGCCGAGAUGGGACGGGGCAAUACAGGAAAAUGGGGAGGGACUACGGGGUCCCGAACUCAGAAGCCCGCCCCCGAAGCUCAACCGCGCCCUCACCCGACUAGCAGAACCCCAAGGAAGGCAGCAGCCCAACGACCAGGCUCGUUCGCAAAUUAUAGGGAGCAGAUGAGCUCGGAGGAAAGCCCCCCCAAGAACGGAUAUCGGCCAAAUAGCUCAACUAUAGGAGACGAGCCUCGCGCCAAGAGCAAUAGCUAUGCCUCGACUCCAAGGACAGAAAUACCCAGACCGUCGAUGUCGGGCGGAUCUGAUACCGACUCGGAACACAUCGAGUCAAUACUAAAGGGUCGUACGAGCCAGCCUUACCAACGCACCCAUGGAGAACGGACGAAGAUCUUUGAAGGACAGGCACAAACGGCAAGCUCGGGGGAAGAAAGUCGUGGCAGGAAACCGACAAAAGAUGGCAGAACGUCAAGCCGCUUUGAUAAAGCUAAUGGUCACAAUGACGAGUCACAAGCAAAAGCAAAAUCGAGUUCAGGGUUCUAUCCAGCUGGCCAGCCCAAUGGGACUUCCCCGCCAAAACCUCCGCAGCCCCUUUUCACUCAGCAUGCUACUGAAGAUAUGGGUUCCUGGUUUGUACGCGAUAGCGAUCAGAACAACGCCUUUCGGUUCACAGCUGGUGGAAAAGAUGCUCCCGAAACACCUCUUCGACGAAGCAGGUCAAGCGGUUUCAUUGGUCGUAAAGCGUCCCCAGCCAAGAGGCCGAGACAAGCUGCAGACUCUUCACAUCAGAGUCCAGCGGUGGAUGAGACUCCCGAGACUCCCAACGUCAAAUUCGACCCCAAGGAUUGGAGUGAUAUAGGACCCCAAGCGUUCGAACCACGACCCAACGAACGCACACAAGUGUCGCCAACCCGAAAUUUGCGCUCAACGCUAAAGAAAUCCACGACCUCACGGCCGACAUCGACUCCACAUCGUGCCACGGUUAGUGACGAGGCAGAAGAGCCGACGGCAAACCUAAAUACGAAGUCAACCAAGUCUAGGAAUUCCGGGGCUGCACGUGUUGACAGCCCUCUCGCCAUGGAUAUCGACUCCCCGCCUCCUCCGGCAUCUUCCACGCCGACCCAACCCCCUCGCGCGAGAGCAAUGCCUGUUGAACCGUCGAAACCCGAAUGGCGUGCUGGAAAAGCCAGCGAGGCAAAGCCUAAGACUAGCACUUCAACUCCUACCAUGCGCUCGACAGUUAAGCCUACUAGCGGCGGAUCGGAGGAUACAGACGAAUUCCGGGCCACCUUCAGCGAGCUCAAAAACGUACCUCCAUUCGUGCCUCAAGGCACAGGGCUGGCGUCCAUUGGUGAUUUGAAAUCGAGCUUACCCUACACCAGCCAGCCCUCUGAGAGCAUCCCCAUCAAGCAGGACAAGCCGAAGCCGCGCACAAUGGACAUGCCGACCCCUCCCAUUGCGCCAGUGUUUCCCACCGCCCUGGGCAGCAACGGCAUACGACCUACCCCCGAUAUUAUAAGCACCUACCGCCGAUCGUUCAAUACGUACCUGUCGCUGUGGAACGUGUAUCAUUCUAUCAUGGUCAACCAUUUCGCAGAGCGGCAGAAGCAAAUGGCCAAUGCGCAAGCGAUUACCGUCAAGGAGAUACCCGCCGAGAAACAGCGGAUAAGGGAGCGGAAGGAGUGGCUGCGGCAGGAUCGGGAAGUGCGGAAGAGGUGGGCGGCGGCAUGCGAGGAGCAUGAGCGUCGGUUAGACGAACACUUGAAUGUGCUGGACAAGAUGGGUGUCGUAUGA